AUGACUGAUACUGGGAAGAAACAGGUAGUGCAUCGAUCCAGGUUUGUGCAGUUUACACCUGGUAAUAUAACGGCUCUUGCAUUUUCACACAAAAGUACUGAUAAAGCGGCACCGCAAGAGCUAAGACUGGCUAUUGGUAGAUCCAAUGGUAAUAUUGAGAUCUGGAAUCCAAGAGAUGAUUGGGUACAAGAGUUCGUGAUCUUGGGAGGUGAAGGAAGAUCCAUUGAAGGUCUUUCCUGGUGCAGUAUUCGUGGAGAGCCUUUGAGACUAUUUUCGAUCGGUGGCUCCACUGUAGUUACAGAAUGGGAUUUGACAACCGGGUUGCCGUUAGUAAAUUACGAUUGUAACUCUGGUGUGAUUUGGUCCAUUGCAAUGAGCAACGAUAUGAAUAAGCUAGCGGUCGGAUGUGAUAACGGCAGUGUAGUACUUAUUAACAUCAGUGGUGGUAAAGGUGUUCUUGAGCAUGAGAGCAUACUUACAAGGCAAGAAUCUCGUGUCUUAUCGUUGACAUGGACAGCCAAUGAUGAAUCUUUGGUCGCUGGUUGUUCUGAUGGAAGGAUUAGAAUAUGGUAUACUAAGGAGCAAGACGAAAACAAGGGAAGACUAUUACAUACUAUGAAAGUGGAUAAAUCGAAGAAAGAAUCUACACUCGUAUGGUCUGUGUUGUAUCUAGCUAAACAGAACCAAAUUGUGUCUGGUGAUUCUACUGGGUCGGUCAAAUUCUGGGACUUAAACUACGCAACAUUGACUCAAUCUUUCAAGGUUCAUGAUGCCGAUGUUCUAUGUCUGGCUACUGAUCUGGAUAAUUCACAAUUGUUCACUAGUGGUGUUGAUAGAAAGAUUUUCCAAUUCUCUUACAUCGAUACAGGAAAGAGCAUGAAAUGGAUCAGUACUUCAAACAGAUUAUUCCAUUCCAAUGAUGUUAGAUCUAUGUCCUCUUAUCAAUGUAUGGGAUCCGACUUCCUAGUGUCUGGUGGUAUUGAAAAGUCUCUUGUCAUGUGCUCAAUGUCCUCUUUCGCUGAAGGAAAUUAUAGAAAGAUGCCACUAGUUACCCCAUUCCAUAAGAGCAUCCUGGUCAACAAACAACAAAGACUAUUGGUGAUGUGGCAGGAUAAUAUCGUGAAGAUAUGGUAUAUUGGCGAAGACGUCAAUGAGCCUAAGAACUACAAAUUAGUUAGUAAAUUGGUUUUGAAGGAUGAACAAAACAUCCAAACCUGUGCACUAUCAACUGACGGACAAGUUUUAUUAGUGGGAAGACUAAAUACUACCAAAGUUUUCCAUUUACAACCAACAGACAACAAAUUGAAAGUAACAAAGUUGGACAAUGAGUUUUUGUUGAGAACUGGUUGCAAAUUUGCUAAGUUCAUUGAUGAUUCUAGGUUAAUAAUGUGUUCACAAUCUGAUGAAAUAGUUAGAAUUGACCUUGAAGAGGAUGACGACGAAAAAACCGUAACUAUUGAGUUACCUGAAGCGAACUCAACGAAAUCCAGCAAUAAACUAUCAUAUUUGAAUGCAGUGAACCAUUUAGAUGCAAAUGAACGUUACGCUGUUGCGUCUAGAGGUACCGGUGCUCUAGACUUAAUAGAUUUGACAACAAACAGUAGUAAAGCUUUAAUUCGCAUGAACAACUUCAUCACUGCACUGUGCAUCACACCAAGAGAGACUGUAGUAGUAGUGACAUCAGAAAAUAAAAUAUACGAGUUCAAUUUGGAAUCCGAGAAGGAUCAACUACUCACUGACUGGUUCAAAGCCAAUCAUGAAAACCUCCCAAGGCAAUUUACUUCCUUGAAAGAGAGAUGCACAGGAAUAUUCUUAGAUGAAAUGGAUGAGCAUAAGGUAUGGUUCUGGGGAUCUAACUGGUUGGUUAACAUCAACAUGUCAUUAGACUUGCCAGUUAGCAAAAGAAAGAAGCAAAAGAAGCGUGACCGUGACGGAUUAACUAUUUCCACUGACGGUCUACAGGCAGACGUCGAUGAGGAUGAUGAAGACGAUGAAGAACUCGAAGUUAAGGAAGAUUAUCUCUUAAAAACUCAGAGAGCGCAAGAUGUCACCUCCAAGAAGAGAUCUGAUAAGGCGUUUUUCUAUACCGAUAAGUAUAGACCUCUAUUAUUCGCUGGAAAGAUCGCAAGUGACCAAUUAAUCAUUGUGGAAAGACCAAACUUCUUGAUCUCCCAACCUCCUGCAUUUGAAUUAGAAAAGUUAGUAUUCUAA